AUGCCGACCACACCCCAAAGGACAAAGACCCAGCGUGCCGAAGGAAAGGGUGCUUGGAAAGUAGUGCCAAAAGACUCCUGUGAAGUAUAUAAAAGCAGACGAAAGCGUCAAACAAAGUCGAGUCACUAUGAAGAAGAGAAUGAUGAGAGAAGUAUAAGGACGACUGACAGUAAGGAAAGUCGAAAAGGUGAGAAGAAAAUAAAAGGAGAUGGAAUAAGAAUGAAAAAGGAACAGCUAAAGAAAUCUAGGAGACGGCGGCGGCAGUCAUAUAAACAUAGACAUUCGCAGCAACCACCCGAUUCAACAUCUAAUAGUACAAGUUCUACAUAUUCGUCCUGUUUUAGUUCUUCUGAAAUGGAUUAUGAAUAA